AUGGGCCCCCACGGCUCCCCGGGACCCGCCCCUCCCCGGGCACAGGGGCCCCGCCCCCGCAGCUCCCCCAGUUACCGGGACUCCUGCGCUGAUGCCGCGUCCCCAGCGCUCGCCCCGCGGGGCCCCGGGCGCAGCCGGCUCGGUGGGCGCUGGGCGGGGCGGGACGUGGGGCACCGAGCGCCGCAGCUGCGCUCCGGAGCCAGCCCCCUCUGGCGGCGCCUGCUCCUGGCCGGGCUGCGAGCGGCGGCGGAUCCUCCCCCCGCCCUGCCCAUUGGGGGCUCUCGCCGGCGCUGCGGGACCUGGUGCCUUAGUUCUGCUUUGGCUCGGUCCGGUUUCCGCUGCCAGGCACCGGCUCCUCUGGCGUUCUCCGCUCCGGGGGAUUCUGCCCUGGGCUGGGCCUUGGACACUGCGAGCGAGUCUCCGCUCUGGCUGCUUGGGGAUGGGCUGAGCGGACACCAGCAAUUAUUGAGCUGGAUCAUCUCCCCCACCAAGAUCUGGGGAGGGGCCACGCAGCACCUGGUGUCAUGGGGGCCCGAGAUUUUGGUCAGCGUCUCCAGCAACUGGCACAAUGGGGGAGAGAUCUCAGUCUCGGGGUUCAGGCAGCAGCCGCCCACACGCCCCAGUCCCCCAUGGAUAGGACCCCGAAUAGAGCCAGAUUGCGACACAGCCGAGCCAGACCCUCUCGGGGGGGCUGGGCAGGGGGCAGCCAUGGGCCGGGCCUGGCCGGCAGCAGAGCCGGUCCCCGCGGGCGGACCCCGCCAGGAGCAGGCGCCGCCAGAGGGGGCUGGCUCCGGAGCGCAGCUGCGGCGCUCGGUGCCCCACGUCCCGCCCCGCCCAGCGCGCACCGAGCCGGCUGCGCCCGGGGCCCCGCGGGGCGAGCGCCAGGGAUGCAGCCCCAGCCCGGGGGCCCCGGCAUCUCCGAGCCUCUGUAGCAUGGCCUGCCUUCGUGGCGCAUCGGGGAGCAGCAUGGCUGCCCUCAACUCCCAGAUGGAGCGUGGGGAGGAGCUGCGGGUUCCGGAUUCCCAGGGCCGUGAGGAAGAGGAGAUGCCACUUGGUAUGAGCCCAGCAGAUGACCAGGUGAGUGAGGAGGGGUCUGCCCAGGUGGACGGGGCACCCAAAGGAGCCCAGCUGAAUAUUUGCCGGCGCUCAGAGCGGGUCGGGAGCCUGCGCCGGUCAGAAAGGAGAAGUGGUGCUGGGCAGCAGCCAGAGACCCCCGCCAAGCCCAUCCCCCAGCCCCGAGGAUCUCAGCAGCGCUACGUGUGUGCUGAAUGCGGCCGCGGCUUCACCGUGAGCGCCCGCCUGGUGAAGCACGAGCGGACGCACACCGGUGAGCGCCCCUUUGCCUGUGCCGAGUGCGGCAAGUGCUUCACCCAGAACGCCAACCUGGUGCAGCACCGCCGCACCCACACCGGUGAGCGCCCCUUCUGCUGCGGCGACUGUGACCGGCGCUUCAGCACCAAAGCCGACCUGGCCCGGCACCGCCAGUCCCACACCGGGGAGCGCCCCUUCCGCUGUGCCGAGUGCGGCCGGGGCUUCAGCCAGAGCUCCAACCUGCUGCGCCACCAGCGCUCCCACACCGGCGAGCGCCCCUUCGCCUGCCAGGACUGUGGGGCCGCCUUCGCCCGCAACGCCCACCUGGCGGCCCACUGCCGCACCCAUACUGGCGAGCGCCCCUUCCGCUGCGGGCAGUGCCGGGAGCGCUUCGCCCAGGCCACCGCGCUGAUCCAGCACCGCCGGCUGCACACAGGCGAGCGCCCCUUCGAGUGCUCCGACUGCGGCAAGGGCUUCACUCGGGCCGCCACCCUGCAGCAUCACCAGCGCCUGCACGCCGGCCAGCGCCCCUUCCCCUGCCGGGACUGCGGGGCCACCUUCGCCGCCCACGCCACUCUCCGCCAGCACCGCCGCAGGCACUCCGGGGAGGCUCCCUUCCGCUGCGCUGAGUGCGGGCGCUGCUUCGCCGUCAGCUCCGCGCUGCUCCGGCACCAGCACGUCCACACUGGGGAGCGGCCCUUCACCUGCCACGAGUGUGGUGCCGGCUUCAGCCAGAGUUCGGCGCUCGUCCGCCACCAGAGACUCCACGACUAGUGCCUAGUGCUCCUGGGCCCGGCAGCAAGCCAGGGCAUGACCCCUGGCAGGAGGGGGAGGCUCUGGGCCCUGGUGGGAGAAGGGUGCCACAGGGGGCCCCAUGCGAGUGGAUGAGGGGAAGGUGCUCUGCAGAGGUGGAUUAAUUCAGCUGGAAUAAAUGAGCCCACAGGGUCUGCGGUGUUAACGGGACCCCGUCGCUGCCCGGUGCUAAGCAGUCCCACUGAGUUUGGGGUUCCCGUCCAGAGACCCCGGCUUGCUGAGCCCAUGGCUGAUGUCCCAGCGAACAUCUCCUUAGCCUUCGAUUAAAGCUACCGAAGAGUGCUAA